AUAAAUUCUCUUAGCAAAGCUCUGCUACUUCAGGGAAGUCCUCUUUCAGACAAAAACAUGGCAUUUAACGGUACUUGGAAAGUAGACAGAAAUGAAAACUAUGAAAAGUUCAUGGAGACAAUGGGUGUUAACAUAAUGAAAAGGAAGUUAGGAGCCGCUGAUAAUCUGAAGAUCGUUAUUCAACAAGACGGAAACAAAUUUACUAUCAAAGAAUCAAGUAACUUCCGUUCCAUACAAAUUGAAUUCACUUUGGGAGUCAAUUUUGAGUAUAGUCUGGCUGAUGGGACUGAACUUACUGGCUCUUGGAACAAAGAAGGAAAUAAACUUGUAGGAACAUUUACUAGAAAAGAUAAUGGAAAAGUACUCAUGGCAUUCAGAGAAAUCAUAGGUGAUGAACUUGUUCAGACCUAUCUGUAUGAAGGAGUUGAAGCCAAGAGAAUCUUCAAAAGAGGCUGAAUACUUCAUCCAGAACAGGAUCAGAAACAAAAUCCAACAACAAAAAAUUUUUUUUCUACAUAUCCUCUGUUUUUUUUUUCUCCUUUCACUACCUCACAGCACAAAGUUGUGAUUACUUACCCUGAUGAAAACAUAGGCCAGUUCCUUACAUUUAGUCUUUUGCCUUGAUGACACAACAUCAAUUACAAUUUGCUGUAAGUACUAAAUGGUAUUAGUACCAAGCCCUACCUGUCUGAGCACCCUACUAUUAAGGGCUGCAGAAACUAUUUUCUACAGCUAGAAAUGAAGUAUUAUUUUUGGACUGAUUCUCAAAUGGCAACUUGGUUGCCUUACCAUAAUACUUACGUUGAUAAAAGGUUUCUCUGUGUGUUGCAUAUUGCAUAUUUUGUAAUAAGGACUGUAAAAUCUAAAAGAACCCUGAAAACACCCAAGUGUCUAAGAUUACUAUAUGUACAGAACAUGAAUAAAAAUAUUGAAGGUAUCUUAAAAAGAUAAAGAAUGACUUUAGACUAA